CAUACAUCACUCACUAUCCAAACAGCAAGCCUCUGUUUGUCAACCAUAUAGCUGCUGCCUUCACCACAUGCUGUGCAGGGAGGGACAGCUCUGAUAACAGGUUGCCUCCUUCUCCUCGUGUCUCACGGUUUACGAGACAUUGGAGAAGAGGCGCCGGGCAUGGAAAACUAAAUGCGAUUAAAUGGCCUACAAUCAAGCAUGCUUGCCGAAACCGCCUGUGACAGUCAUGGUGCAAAAAGGCCAGCUGUUACCGGGGAAACCAUGUUUGGCGAAUAAGGGAGAUAAACUGGGGCAGCAUCUCUUUAAUAAUGAUUUCUAUUAUUUGCACUGCAUGUUUAGAUUAUCAUGUAAAUAAGGGCAGCCGAAGCCUGGAGAAUAGAGGAGAUCAAACAAAAACAACGGAGCAGUCGCCACAUGGUGGUGGUCUGACGAGACACUCGCAGUGGAGGUGAGCCGCAAUUACCUUUUGUUUCUUUGAAGCCUGUUGGAAAUGGGAAGCUCAUGAAAGUGGAAUUUAUAGACUGACACAUCUCCACCACAGACGAGAGAGGGGGAAGUUUGCAGGUUGCUUCAGUUGGUGUUACUUCUUUAGUUUCUACACGUUCUCCUGAGUCGGGCUAGAACAACACUUCCUCUUCCUGUUUGAUUGGACUAUAAGAGCUGAACUUCUGUCACAACCGUUACCUGUUCACUCGAUGCAGCUCCAUACGUGAAAAGAGCUCUGGAGGAAACGUUGAGUGCUCGGUUGUCGGUGGGGACAGGAAAACCACGUUGUCUUGUUGGAUUUUGUUCCAGGCCACUGGCUCAAUAAGGACUCGUCGUGUAUUGUGGUUCAAACGGCGUGACAGAUCAAACCUCCCUUCGCUGCCGUCUAUUCGCCUCAUGGUGGGAGUCAAGGACACGAUGUGACACGUCUCAAUCCCUGACAGAUCAGAGCGGUUAACACCAAAAGCAACAUGCAGGAGUGUCAUACUGGCUUGUGCCUCUCUGUCUACAUCAUCACCUUCGUGUUGGGCUUCCCGACAAACAUCCUGGCCUUCUACACCUUUUUGAAGAAAGUGAGGCAGAGACCCACGCCGAUUGACAUCCUUCUCCUCAACCUGACCAUAUCUGACCUCCUCUUCCUCCUGUUUUUGCCCUUCAAGAUGCAGGAGGCCAUGGACGACAUGAAGUGGAAUAUGCCUUAUGCUCUCUGCCCGCUGUCUGGCUUUGUCUUCUACAUGACCAUCUACAACAGCACCUUCUUCCUCACUGCUGUCAGCGUGGAGCGCUACUUGGGGGUAGCUUUUCCCAUCAAACACAGCCUGAAGCGCAAGCCGGUGUACGCUGUUGCUGCUAGCAUCUUCUUCUGGAUUUUCUCCUUCCUUCAUUUAAGCAUCGUCUUCAUAGUUCCGUUUAUUAGACAAGAAAACCUCCCAAAUACCACCGACUCUGUUGGCGAAGUGAAAAGGGACGUGUGUUAUGAAAACUUCACCAAAGCUCAGCUGGAGGUUGUACUCCCGGUGCGUCUUGAGCUCUGUUUGGUUCUCUUUUGCAUCCCUUUCCUCAUUUCCAGCUUCUGCUAUAUCAACUUCAUCCGGAUUCUGUCAAAGCUGCAGCACAUCGACCGGCGCCGGCGCCUCCGAGCCAUCGGCAUGGCUCUGGGAACGCUGGUGGUUUUUGCUUUAUGCUUUGGCCCCUAUAACGUCUCACACAUCGUGGGAUUCAUCACAAAACGGAGUCCCGACUGGAGAGACAAAGCUCUGUUGUGCAGCACCUUCAACACCUGUCUGGACCCUUUUAUUUUCUACUUUUCAUCCUCCGCGGUGAGAGGAACCGUCGGGAGUUUGAUGGAAGGGGUUAAAAGCCGCCUCGGCAGGUGCCUGUCCUGUCACAUGUUCCAGGCUUACAGGGGGGGAAUUAACAAGACUCCAAGAGAUAAGGAACACAAACAAGCGCAGAUCAAUACUAUCUGAGUUGACGGGCAGAGAACUGGGAGCAGCAGCCUCUGCUAAUUUCUUCAUCUCUGCUAGCAGGAAAUUAAUCCCAUGUUUAUGUUUUUACACACAUGAAAAUGGCCUGGCUGUAAACAUGGCGGCAUGUUUUGUUAGAAUCUCUGAUGAACUUCUGAAUCCGAGGCAAUCGUCUGUUUGCCCGAGUGAGCCACGUUGUCUUUUCUUACUUUUAUUGCAAAGCUGCAGAGACGGGCUGCCUUGAACUGUUACAUGAAAUAAUAGAAGCUUUUUUUUUUUUUUUUGCAUUAAGCAGCAGGAUUUCACCAUAACUCCCAUAAUGCAGUUUGGUGUUGUAGAGACGUACCAAUGAGAUGUCAACAAAACAACACCUAAGCUGUGGAUUUAGACGUUUUUCCCUCACCAGAAAAGGAGAUCCUAUCUACGCCAGCCUUAAUCGCGUAUGUGCACGUACAUGCACCUGUGUGUCAGUUUGCAGCAGCAUGCUUGUUACAUGUAAGCAUCUAGGCAUCACAUCUUUAUCAAAUAAUAUGUUGGAAAUAUAUGCAUUUUGUACGUUUUCAUUCUGGUGAACCACUGUAAUUUUAUUUAUGCUGUCAAAGCAAAUAGAAAUGUUAUUUUCAUACACAAAUAGAAAUUUUAAAUAAUUAAUGACUCUGUGUUUUCUUCAGAAACCAGUCUGAUAAAUGAAGUGUGUGUUCUUCGGGACUACGUGGCAAAAGGAGGAAGUUCCGAUGCACAAAUAACCCCCCUUAACUGUAAAUUAAAAGGAUUAAUAACCGUGCCAGGAACAGAACUCAGCCAAAGGUUCUUGUUUGAAGAAAGUAAACAGAAAAAGACUAAUUUUCUUUUGAAAGAAUGACUGACGAAGGCUCUUUGUUCACUCCAAUGUCGUCAUCAGAUCAGUCAGGUUGUGUAAGAUUCAAAGGUUCGAAUUAAUAAAAAGGAUUAUAGGUGAGUAAUCGAAACUUUACUGAGCACCAUUCCAGCUUGUUUUCCACGUCACUAAUCUGGUUCCACUAUAAAUCCAUUUGAAUGCUCACAUUCACACAUACGCAUCAUUUCUGGCAUUGGUGUUUGUGGUCAGAGCUAAAUUUAAAAUAACUUCCCACAGCUCAGAAAUCGAGAUCUCACUCAGGGUGCUGUAAGCACAAACAUGAGCGCGCACGGAUGUCUGUGAUCUGUAAAGAUUACGCCUGUGGUGGUUCAGCUAAUCGUUGCAUCUUUUUGAGAAGUGGAUGGUAAUGAAUUUUUUUCUGUUGUGGACACAAAAAACCGUGAAUGACUAGGAUGAGCAGGCUACCAGCCGCUGAUGAACAAAUCAUCAAGCAGCUGUCACUGUCAGCAUGCUGCAGUGAUGAACCGGGACAAAUAAGCAGCUUUGAUGUGCGGGAGGAAAUGGAUCAGGAUGUACAGAGCAGGAAGGCAAAAUAACGAGUAAGAAUCUGAAGGCAAACAUACAGAAACAUGAGGGAGGAAUCUUGUUUAUGUUUUCACAGAAUUUCUCCCGACUGAAAUUUGUUUGUUGGCUCGAGCAGCAGCCCUAGAAAAACAACACUCCUUUCCUAUUUCAUUUUAUGCUUCCUGAGAUACCGUAAUUGGUUACUGCAUCAGUUUUGAUAAGUAACGGUGAUAAGACCAAAAGGAAAACACCCGUGUGUGUAUGUGUGUGUGUGUGUGUGUGAGAGAGAGAAAGCAUGUCGAAGUGAGCGUGAGGGCACACGUGUGUGUGUUUGCCAAAGGCAGAGAGAAACGUCCUCACACAACAAGCUUUCUUCCAGUUGCACCCGGAUGUGUUUGACUGCUACGAAGAAACACAAAUCAAACACACUUUUUAAUAGCUUCCUGUAAAACCUACGCAAGAGGUUUACGGUCAGCCUGUCCAGUAAAACCAGAAGUCACGGCAGAGAGAAAACCCCGCUGGAGGAUGCUCAGAUGUUUGAAGCAUCUGAAAAGUGGAACAUAAGAAAAAACACCCUCAAUUUUUCUUUUUUUUUCCCUCGGAAAAAAACACAAAAUUCAAAAAUAUAUAUAUUUUUUAUAGUUUAGACUGACAGGAACAACUCAUUAAUUGUUCCAGUUAGGCUGUAUUUCAACAUCUGAUCCAUACUAACAGUAAAUAAAAGCAGAAAACAAAAUACAGCAGGGCUCCAUCAGCUGGGGGCUCAGGCAGGCUGCCAACAGUAGUUGUUGGUUGGGAGGGUGCAACUGGCAUCUGGCAGGUGAUCGAUACAAGCUGCAGCACUUUUGUGGGUCCAGGUGAGUGUGACCUUACUUGGGUGGAAUCCUCCAGUGAGACAAAUGUGAUCAGGGUAGUUUGGAGGAUUGAUUUUGGAGCUAAGGUAAGGCUAGGAUUAAAGGAAAAGGACAAAAUGAAAAUCGUGUCGGAUUUGCCUCCUAAAAUAACGAUGAAGAAUAUUUGUUAAAUAUGCAUGGAACAAAAUGUGAUAAAAAGAGAAAUGCAAGGGUAAACAAAAAAAAAUCGUUAUCGGGGCCAUGUUUUUAAACUGUAGUCAUUUCAGAUGUGCAGUAGAUUGCAGAAAGCUUAAAGAGGUCCUUCACUGAGUUCGACUUACAAGGCAUUCAUUCCUACUAUAGACCACUGCAAAAGUAUUAAAGUGGCAGUGUGUAGUUUCAUGGCACUAGGGGGCAGUGUAUACCUUUCAGGGUAGUUUCACACCUGUGAAGCAGAAAGCAUGGGACCUCAGCGUGACUCGUCAGAAUUUGAUGGUCCUUCAGUUAAUGACUUCGCGAGAAUGUAAUGCCGAUUUUAGUUUUCCGGCAAUGUACUUUUCAGAUCACUCAGGGUCCUGCGCCUGCCGAUGACAUCAUCAUACUACAGCAUACUAUGCAUAUCUUUUUUGAUUCUCUUCCAUAUAUUUUAUAAAGUGUUUAGCAGUUUUGUUAUUAAAUUUGUGUUUCUUACUGCCUAAAUAUUUUUGAAAGUGAUAACGUAACGUCUGUAAGUUGUACGUCCAGCCAAUCAUCUAGUGUGAUGUCAUUGACAGGCGCAGGAUCCCGGACCAGCCAGAAGGAAACAUGGCAUCUAAUAUGGGUGUUUCUCAAUAUCAAGGCACCUGACCUGCAAGGCAACGUCUUUCAAGGCCAGCCUUUUACUUUUUAAAUUGUGUAUAUAUUGGUUAAAUUAAAUAUGUAAGCGAGCUACUAAGCAACUAACCAACCCUAGAUAGCUGCUUUGGAUAAAAAUAAAACAUUUUUGAUAUCAACCUGAUAGCUACAAUUAGUUGACUUACAUUCAAACUUGAAAUUUGCCCCUGAAGUAGCUGCAUGGCUCCUGAUCCGCCAUUCAUUUGAAAAUACUGCGGUGUAUUCUGGGAAUUUUUUGACCAAAGCUAGGCUAAAUGAUAAAUGAUAAAUGGCCCACACUUGUAUAGCGCCUCUCAGAGUAAGGACUCUAAAGCGCUUUACACUACAGUGUAUCAUUCAUCCAUUCACACACACAUUCACACACUGAUGGUGAUGAGCUACCAUGUAGCCACAGCUGCCCUGGGGCAGACUGACAGAGGCGAGGUGAGGCAGACGCUACAAGGCACUUCCCGCCUCGGUAGAACGUGAACAUUGGAACAUGCCUUGGUGGGUCCUGCUGAUGUAUCUCCUGGGCAACCCGGGGUGGGACCAAGGCAUCAAGGCGAAGUUCCUUGGAACCAUUGAGAAACACCCAUGGUGUCCCCCAAAGACGCCCUAUUUAGACCUGAUUGUUAUGGUUAUAUGGUACCAAGUUGUCAACAUUUUUCUACAACAACAACGUUUCAAUGGAUAUUUCCAGAGAUUAAUGGUAAAAACUACACAUUUUUUCUCUUUAAAAAUAUGAGUGGAGCUUCUUUAACUGACAGAAAAUAAACUCAAAACAACAAAUUAAUUCAUGUGAAAAAUAGACAUUCGAAAGUUUAUUUUUGAAAGCACAAAUAUGUGGAAUAUCAGAGGCUAUUUGGCAAAGGUAACAUUGCAUUCAGGGGAAAUCGAAAGAAAGCUUUUUAUGAGGGAUUUCCACAUAAUAAUUUGGCCAUCCCUCCCUGCCUUGUUUUCUGGUGAGUUUCAAUUCCCUGGGCAAGAUCAAUACAAGGCUUGCGAAUCGUGGUGGGGUGAUUAUUUCUAGAUCUGUCAAGAAGCUGCUCAGGCAAAAAGAUGAACUCAAAGGGAAUUUCACGACUUGAAUUUUUAUAGAUUGAGCCUGGCCAUUCAUUCUACGGUGAUGCAUGGAGUACACACUGUGGCUCUGCUACACCCAGGAUACAAAUGAGACAUAAUUACCUGCAUGGCAACAUCUCUCAAAUGGAGAGAAACCUAAUAAAUUGUGGGCAUGUUCAUUUCUGAAACCAGCUAUUUGUUUCUCACCAAAGACAAACAGCUUGGUGCCGUUUCUCUUCUCUGGGUCUUUCUGAGGGACGUUCACCUCGGAGUAUACCAGAAUCCUUCAGUGUUACCUUAGUGAUCACCAGAGAGGAGGUUUGCUUCUCCUUCACAAAGAUCUGCCUCGGAGGCUUUGGGAUGAGCAGCUCUCUCGGCUUCUCUUUGAACCGCUGAACCCCGUACUUCUGGGACUCAUCUUGAAAAUGACAGGACAGGGUGGCCUUUAUGACAGUGAGAGAUGGAGGAUAUUGUUGAACCCUCAGUCCCUUUGGUGUUGCUGUCAAGCCUAAAGUCAGACCCAUUAAUACAAUGUGUUAUACAAGGUACUUUGACAACAAAAACUUUGAAUAUGUGUCCAGAAAGCGUGGAUGGAGGUCGAAUUGGGAUUUGUCAUGUUUGCAAGUUGGUGGGCGGGAGUUCCCUUUGGGCCACACAUAUCAAAAUCAAUCUAAAAGGUGUUUGUAAUAAAAUGCACUGCUUCUCUCUUGUUUUGCAACUUAAAAAACUAUAACAAUGCUGUCCAAUACCUUUUAAUCAUUAUUAUUGUAUGUCUCUUACCCUUUGUUGAAGGAUUUUCAGGUGGCAAGGGUCAAUUUUAUUUCUUUGCUAAUUUUCUGUUGUUAUACAAUAAAAUGUAAGCUGUUAUAGUACAAAAAAGUUUCAAGCUCAUUUGUUUCCCAGAUUUGCUAAUAAAGCUUUAAGCUGCUGUCUAGUUAUAAAAUUAA